CACUGCUGUCUGUGGCCAAAGGGCGGUGGGUAGAAGCCCACAGACACAGACAGACACGCAGACAGACAGGGGGAUGUGGAGGAGCGUGUCCGGGCUGUGAAGACGCCUGUUUGUGUGGACCACAGCUAGGCUAACGGCGCCAGGUGUGUUUCAUCAGUGACCCUCCGAGCCCACCUUACACCUCAGCCGCCGCUACCGUUGAGGUAGUCAUGGCGACCAGUGCCGUGCCAAGCGACAACCUGCCAACAUACAAGCUGGUGGUGGUGGGGGAUGGAGGCGUCGGGAAGAGCGCUCUCACCAUCCAGUUUUUCCAAAAGAUCUUUGUGCCAGACUACGAUCCCACAAUAGAAGACUCGUACCUGAAACACACAGAGAUCGACGGACAGUGGGCCAUUCUGGACGUCCUGGACACAGCGGGCCAGGAGGAGUUCAGUGCAAUGAGGGAACAGUACAUGAGGACCGGCGACGGCUUCCUCAUCGUCUUCUCAGUGACAGACAAGGCCAGCUUUGAACACAUCGACCGAUUUCAUCAACUCAUACUACGGGUCAAAGACAGGGAGGCCUUCCCAAUGGUGUUGGUGGCGAACAAAGUGGACUUGGUUCAUUUGAGGAAAGUCACCAUGGAGCAGGGCCAAGAGAUGGCUGCCAAACAUAAUAUAACUUAUAUUGAAACCAGUGCCAAGGAUCCUCCGAUGAAUGUGGACAAAGCCUUUCAUGAGCUUGUUCGUGUUAUAAGACAACAGGUUCCAGAGCGACACCAGAAGAAGAAAAAGAAGAUGAAGUGGCGGGCGGAGCGUUCCACGGGUUCUCACAGGUUCCACUGCGCCAUUUUGUGACCUCUCUUCAUCCAUUGGUCAUUGGUAUCACACACACACAAACCCCACCCCCCACCCCACGCACAGGCCUGCAUACAUUUGGAUGCCAGGGAACCCCCCCCCGCCCCCAGCAGUCAAUAACAACUGGAGCACAAACGGGGAGGGAGGGGUCGACUAUUGGACAAGUGACGGAUGGCCGCCCCUUUGGAACGUCCUCCCUCCUCAACUUUAAUGAAGGUUUGUUUUUUUUGAAUCUGUCCCCUGGGUUCUCAGCUCAGACCCACAGCCGACCGCUGGAACGCUCUGUGGAUCUGAAGUCAUUUGGAAAUAUUCUCAGCUGUGGCACAAGAAAACAGACUUAUGGGGAAAAAGACCCAAUGAAAUCUGAACUUUAAUUCUUCAUGUGAAAGGGAAGUGGAUCAGAAAGGCACCAGAGUUUGUCUAAUGAACAAACUCCAACAAUCUGCAGGUCAUCACUUGUUUUUUUUUGUCAUCACCCCACCCCCCACCCCCUUCUGAGAGGAUCUGGAAGAAGAGCACCUGUGUCAAACUCUGAACAGGUGGUAGAGUGGACACUGGAACGGCCUGACCAGUAUGUGAUUUUACUUUUAUAGGAAACGUGUCGGUAUUAUUGGGAGACGUGUGAGUGCGACGUGAACCUCGUGGUCAUGUGAUCAUGUCAUGAGCCGGUUUUGAAGUAGAUCAUAGACGACGGAAGGAUGUGUCGUAGCGAGCGAAAGAAAAUGUGACUGGAUGCAAAGAACCCGUGUCGUAUACUGUGGGCGGACGGGGAAACACUGGGGUCGUCUGUGUUGAAUAUCCUGAAGGAGCGGGACCGACUUCAUGUAUGUGGAAAUACGUUCACCUUAACUUGACAGGGUUUAUAAAACACAUACACGUCAAAAGCCAUGUUUACACACUAAGAAAUGCAUUAUUUUCCCAUAUCGAGAAUGAAGGCGGUGUAUAACAGCUCCUCACCAUCAGGGCUUUUAUUACAUGGAAUUAUGAAGUUGCCUUUUAUGGACUCAUUUCCUGCCAAAACUAAACAAAUCCAACACGUACAAAUGCUGUUUAAUGUACAAAAUGUAUCUAUCAGGCAAUAGCAUGACGAUGGGAAUCUGUGUAUCAUUCAUUCAUUCGUUUUUCAAUUUAAAACCAAAAAUGAAAAACAAAAAAACGACUUGUUUUUUUGUUUU